ACUUUAAAGUUUUUCAACGUAUAUUUGAUUUAAGUGUCCAGUUUGAAAUGACAGUCUAAUUGCCCGAAACUAGCAAACUUUAAGAUUUAAAUAAUUGAUUUUCAGAAAAACAAAUCUAGGAAGCAUAUUUUGUCUCUAAUCAAGAACGCUACUAAAACCGCGGAAAGCCGUUUAAAUGACCCAGCAGUCGACCCAGGUUAGUAAACACAGUAAAAUUUAGAACAGUGUUAAGUGAUGACAGAGUUCUAUGUUGAGUAAUUCGAUGAAGUAGUUCUCGAAACAAUAGAUAUUUAUGAAAAGAUCAGUAGAUUUGUGGAUUUUUUUGGGAGGGGGAUGCAGAUGAGUUUUUAACGUUGAUAAUCAUGGCUUUGUGCCGUUUGAUUAAGGAUAGCGGCGUAGCUUACGACGAAAACCUAAACAUCAUUCGAGAUGACGAUGAGUUCGUUUUCUACGACGAACUAACCCCACUUUCCCCUGUUCUCUUUGAGGAAGAGAAUCAAGAAUGGCCACUCCAGGAACCAGUCGAAUCGAGCUCCGGUAUUGAACUUCAAAACAGGACAGGUGCCCAUAUAUCAACAGGUGGUCUUUCUGCUAUGGGAUCCCAAGAAAUGAGGUCCAAAUCACUUGACGUUGUUUCGGAUCUUGUGGACUUGGUCAUUCAUAACUGCUCUCAAGAGGCGUUGAAAUUCGAAACUGAGGACGCUUCCAUACCUGAGGGUAGCUCAAAGUCAGUGGUCCAGUGCCUAGAAGAAGUCGUGCGCUCAUCUCAAACGGGUACCUGGGUCACAAAAGGGCGAAGAAGGUAUCGAGUUCGUGCCUCAAUGCUGACUCAAGAUAUGAGAGAAGAGCCUUUUGUGACAAAUCAAACCAGCAAUGAAGUCCUCCUUGAUACACUAAGUGGUUUUCGCAGUAAUUUAAACGGCCAAGAAAUGCUAGAACCAUGGUAUCCAAAGCUGGACGCGAGCAAGUGCACUUCACUUGGACUACUCAGAACCGAUGGAUCGCAAAUGUCGAAAUCGCUCAGUGCAAUUGAUAUUAAUGUAACAAGAAAUUCUAACGCUAACGAAAAUCUCGUUUCGAGUAUCGACAUAGUUUUCGACUGGGCUUUUGGAACAUCUGGAGUACUGAAGCAACUAGCUGUGCUUAAGCUGAGAAAGAAGGUUCAACUUUUUGUAGCUAGAAACAACGACGUUUGUCUUCCGUCUUCGCAAAGUGGAAUAGUAUCAACUAGUGGUGUUACAACUGAAGAAAUAUUACUGCACCUUCAGGCUAUAUUUGCCGAAAAGCUUCAAGUGUUCAUCAACAAUAGGGAUAAAUCCAGGGUCUCGAAAUCUUUGCGAGCUAUUCAAGGACGAACUAGAGAGCAUGAUGUUUUACAUGGCAAUGGAGGUUUCGAAGGCAUUGAAAGCGCUUGUCCAUUCGAUCCCCUGGAGGUAAUGUCGCUGUUCGAUUCUUGCUUAGAAGAACUAAACGCUUCGUUUAAAAUCUCUAUCGUUACCUCAGAUUCUGUCUGUGCUCUGAAAUCUAUCGAUUACUCAUCAAAUCAGUUUGUUUCAACCUGUGUUCGAAGCUCCUCCAACCUUCUAUAUCAGGGCGAGGUGAUGUCUCAAUUUGCAUCCUUGACUCAGAAUAUGAAGCCACGUAAAAUCAAAAUAUUCGACAAUCAUUCCCAGGUGGCUCAGAUUCAACUGGGAGAAGCUGUCAAUUGUCCGCCAUUCAUGAAGAAUGCAAAAGACCAACUUGGUUUAAAAAACGAAACAACUGGCAGUGAAAUAAUGAUUUCUGGGUAUGGUCAGAAUUCAAUAUAUAUCGAGGAAAUUGAGGGGAAGCCUAUAUUCCAUGAUGGGAGUAUAGACGGAAAUAUGUGGACGUCAAAUGUCUCUGUUAAAGAGGGAAGUCAUGUCGUAAAUGGCGAAGAUAUAAAAGCGCAUUGUCCAGUCAUUCCAGAAUCAUUUAUGAAAUCAGAGAAUCCGGAUCUUCAAACGAUUUCGACGGAGCCUUUAUCUCUGAAAGCGGCUAAAAAUCUUCCUUUGCCAACAAAAGUGAAAGAAGAUUUAGUAUGUACGGGCGAGGAGUCUGUUCAAUUGGUACUGAAGAGCAACUCGUCAAAAUCAGCUGGUGCUCGUAGCUUGAAAGCUGUGGACUUGAAGGUAUCCGAAGAUGAAAUUUCGAAUCCUAUAAUCGAAAACCGUUCUGAAAUCAAAUUGGAAACAAAACAAGGAAGGUUUUAUAAUCUCAGCAAAGCAGACAUUUCAAAACAAGUAUCAAAUUUGCCGGAUAAAGAAUCAAAGCACAGAAAUCUUUCAUCCUUUCCUGAGCACGAAAUAAACGCAGCUGUCAAUGAAACUUCAGAGCAUGAAAAGUACUUCACCAGAAGCGAGUUUGGAAUCACACAGAAAUGUGAGGCCGAUUUUGAUGGAAUUGUCGAAAAGAGAAUUGAUAUGGAGAAAAUCCAUGUAGUCAGUGGUAACCGGGUCAUUCCUGCUUCAAAUUCGAGUGAAAUGAAACCAAUUAUUCGAGAGUUUAAACCAGAUAGCAGAAAACGAAAAUUGAUCAAUCGGACCGCAAAAGAGCCAGCAGAUCAAAAAACUGGACCACUUUGCGAGUUCAAGAAAAUUUCUCUUUUAUCACGGCGAAGAAAAGAAGGCAACAAAAUUAGUGGAACGGAAUCUAAAUUCAAUAGUUUCAAUUCUUUCAGACACCAAAAUCUCAAAAAGAUAGAGGGUAAAAAUGAUUCAAAUGAAAUGAUAAAAUCAAAAGAAACCAUGAAGAAAAAUUUUAACGCAUGUGCGGUAAAACCUGAAAUAAACGAUAAAUCACCGAUCAGCUGUAAGAUUGAGGAGGCUAGUUUGAACUCAUUUGAAGGAAGUCGGUCUACUGAGCAAAAUUUCGAUGUAAAAGCAGACAGUACAAGGAAUUUCAAGACAGGCUGCAUAAAAAACGAAACUUGUCAUAACUUGGCUCCGAUUGCUGAAGUUGCUAAAGAAAUUGUCUGCAAAGAAGCGCGACAAAAAGUUCUGUUUCCUAGAAGUCCAGAUUCCAAAUUAGAAAGAGCAAGUUUGAUUUAUAUGAGAAGAAACGCCCGAUUAAGUACUGGAUUGGAUAUUCCGCUUCUCACGUUUGGCCCUAAGUCUAAUAGGCCUCAAAAAAGGAAGAAGAGUUCUAAAAUAACUGGAAACAUUUCUCCAUGCUUCGAAAAAGAAAAGGUUUUGAAUUGCUCUGAAAAUUCUUUUAAUACGUGUGAACUUCACGAUGCAAUUGAAAACUCAACUUCUGAGAGUUUUGAUAAUCCAAAUGCAGCAGGUAUUGAAAGUGAACAAAUCAAAGAUAGUUUUGACCAUGUUAAAUUAGAGAAACUUGAAAAUGAUUCGGUGCCUAAAGAGUGCCCAUUUUCUGAUAAUGAGAAAUUGUAUUUCCCAAAAAAUUACCUCGUGCAAGACGCAUUAUCGGACAGUGAGGAUGCGCUUAAAAUCGGUGCCUUUGAGUGGAAAAUCGAAUCUUUCGAAUAUAUUCAAAACGAGGUGCCCAAUUUCUACCCUGGAACCCAAACUGAGGAAGUAUCGCCUUAUUUCUCGGAAGAAAUGUUAUUAUUGACAAAGGAAGAUAAAUGGAGUAUGAUUGUAAAGGGAAGGUUUUCAGAAGUGAUUCUCAGCUCCGAUAAAAAGAACCUGAAGAUCUCUGUGGAAUGUCGGCCUUCUACCAUUGGUAACCAAAGUUGCCUCGCCCUAAUUAAAGCGGCAGGUUUUGAAGCAAAUAAUGGAGUCAUUAUGUCGUGGAAAAUAUAUGUAGCUCUACAAAUUGGCAAAAAGUCUUUGAGCAAUGAAAUUAGGUUUCGGGCGGUGUACAUAAGCUGCAUUGAGUGCAAAUGUGAUUUGAUUAUUCCCGAAGAAAAUGACAAUGAAAUCACCCGUUGGGCUGAAACUGAAUUUUUGCCCUGUCCUCAAGCCAUAGUCAAGAAACUGAUGGCUGCUCCUUUGGCCCCGAAGACUCCAUCUUUGACCUUUCGGCCCUCGGAAUUUCUUUCUUCUAAUCAGUUGAUGAAACAAGCUCUGUUGAACUCAGCCCGACAAAAGAUAUUAGAACGGCUUGAGAACGACUUUUUUCCCGAUUUGGUUACUCCUGUGGUGGCCCUGAGAGCUGAAAAAGAUCCAGAGUUUCCUCAGGAAAGCAAAACAAAUACGGAAAUAUCUGCAACGUUGUUUGCUCCUGAAAAUUUGGUCAAAACUGAAGACCACAUUGAUGAUCUGAGUUCAGACCAACAAAAAACAUUUUUGCAGUCAACAAAAGUGACUCCAGUUCAAGACUUCGAUUAUGGCGAUUGUUUUCAAUUAAGGCAGUCUCAGUUUUUGGACAAUAUCUGCACGCCAAUUACUCAAUUUUCGGAACCGUCUCAAAAGUUGAAGACUAAAGAAGAACGUAAUCUGAAUCGCAACAAAUUUGAAUUGAAUCCUGCGGACUUCGUUGACUUUGAUGACUUCGGGAUAGAUCUGAAGAGUAAAAUAUCGUCGCUUCUUUUUGAAGAUGAGACUACAUCUGAUUUCUGGAACCGGAACAGACUGCCUAAUCUGGACAAGGAAUUUACAGAGAAAAGGAAACUUAUGAUGAAUCAGCCAAUGCCUGCUCUCGGUAUCUUCGACUCACAAGCUCCUUGUCAAAAAAGAAGGAGUGUGGCUGUGGCUGCGAAAGAAUCGCCUCUUGACGAGGGAUAUUCGGAUUCACCAGUCUCAGUCAAGACUCCUCUUGUGAAGGCAGAUAAGCUAAACUGGGUAGACUCAAUCGAACAGAAGAUGAAAAGAAAGGUUCCAUUUAUCUCACCGGAUGCUGGUUAUGUCACACCAAAGAAGGCAAAAGCUGCUUCUGCAGUUGCCCCUUGUUCUUCUAAGUCGACAAGUGUUGAUCAAACUGUAACGCUUGAGAGAGCAGAAACGAGAGUAAACAAUAUGGAGCUUGGAUCAUCGAAUGUCCAAGGUGUGAAUCUGGGCACUUGGAAGGAAACGCCGAUGCCUGGAUGCCCUCCAAUCCACGGAAUUCAUUGUAGUGGUUAUGGCAUAAAUAUGAAUAUGAUGACUCCGACAUCCAGUCAAAUGGGAAAUAUGAUGACAACACCUCUGCCUUUGUUUUAUCCACAAGUUCAAGGUGGCUUUCCGGUUCCUCAGUGUAUGUGCUGCAGCAUGGGAGCUCCUGGACAAGCAAUGAAUCCAUUCUGUCGGUCGCCAUUCACGUGUCACCAACCGCAUCCUGCUGAUCAGCCCUACCAGGUGCCGUUCGUUGAAUUGAGUGAGAGCGGUUCAUAUCGGAAGAGGAGACACGGUAUGCAAAAGAGUGACUCGCCCUCCCACAGACUCGAAUUGGAGGACUGAACAUCCAAUUUCAGAGGAGAGUUCUCCAAAGGAAAAUAUUUACGCAGAUUAAACUGCUAUGAAUUAAAUUGAAUGUCGUUGCAAUGUUCAGAGUUUGUUUUGGUUUGCUUUUCAUUUUAUCUUUUCUUCU